CAGGGUCAUGGACCCACGACUGGGGUCUGGCCACAGCUGACGCCAACCUCAGCUGGCCCUCAAAGCCGUUUGCUUCAGUUGUGCGGGAUACAACUUGUGUUGCCAACAACGCCUUCCGUUCGCUGGCAAAGGGGCUUUAAACCCAUACAUUUGAUUUGGCAAGGGCUUUAAUACAACCUGCUGGCGCUGGGGCUGCCGCGGGCGCUGUUCCUGUGGGUAACGGGACUCGCGCCCGCCUCUUCCGAGAGCUCCCGGGCCCGGCACCGCCCGCGCGUGCGCAGCGGGGCCCGCGGGGCUCUCGCGAGAGCGCGCCGGUAAACAGCGCUGAAGAUGGCGGCGGGCCGGGCGGCGGCGGCGCGGUUGGCUUGCAAUCAGCUUUGCUAAUUCUUCUAGGGAGUUAACUUUGCCACCAGAAAUGGAGUACAGGACUCAGCUGCCACAUCCUGAGUGACUGAAUCAUUUAAUGCAAAAUGGAGAAGAAGCGGAGAAAGAAAUGAGCCUGUUCACUAGGCUUGACCUGAAAAGACCAUGAAAUCUCUACUUAUUUUGGAUCCAGCUUUCAGAAUACCCAGCUGAUCAGCACAGUGAAAGCAACGUUUACUGAAACAAAAAUGAACUAGUUUAUAAAGAAGAAAAUUGUGAUUUGAUUAUAUGGAAUUUUUGGAAUGAAACCAUUUUCUUCUAUGACCAUGAAGUUUGCCAACGUCUGGCUUGUUCUGUUUGUUAUUUUACUCUGUGGCAAAAAACACUUUGGUACCAGAGUAGGGAAUUCCUCUCAUGAGGCUCACGUAUGUCCUGGAUGUUCUCGUCUUACUUUGGAAGUGGAGUUCACUUCAACAGUCGUGGAGCAUGAGUAUAUUGUGGCUUUUAAUGGAUACUUCACAGCUAAAGCUCGAAGUAAAUUUAUUUCAAGUGCGCUAAAAAGUAGUGAUAUUGAGAACUGGAGGAUUGUACCUCGCAACAACCCAGCCAGUGACUAUCCGAGCGAUUUUGAAGUUAUUCAGAUCAACGAGAAGCAGAAGGAUGGAGUCCUCACACUGGAAGAUCAUCCAAACAUCAAGCGUGUGACACCUCAGAGAAAGGUCUUUCGGUCACUCAAGUAUUCGGAGUCUGAUCCAAUGCUGCACUGCAAUGAGACCAGGUGGACUCAGAAGUGGCAGUCAUCCCGCCCCUUGAGAAGAGCGAGUCUUUCUUUGGGUUCUGGCUUCUGGCACGCCACAGGCCGACACUCGAGCAGGCGCUUGCUGAGGGCCAUCCCUCGCCAGGUCGCUCAGACCUUGCAGGCAGAUGUCCUCUGGCAGAUGGGUUACACAGGUGCUGGUGUGAGAGUAGCAGUGUUUGACACCGGUCUGAGUGAGAAACAUCCACAUUUCAAAAAUGUAAAGGAGAGAACAAACUGGACUAAUGAGAGAACCUUGGAUGAUGGUUUAGGCCAUGGGACUUUUGUAGCAGGUGUGAUAGCCAGCAUGAGGGAAUGCCAGGGGUUUGCUCCAAAUGCUGAACUGCACAUUUUCAGAGUGUUCACCAAUAAUCAGGUCUCAUAUACAUCUUGGUUUCUGGAUGCUUUUAAUUAUGCAAUUUUAAAGAAGAUAGAUGUACUGAAUCUAAGUAUUGGUGGGCCAGACUUCAUGGAUCAUCCAUUUGUUGACAAAGUUUGGGAGCUGACUGCCAACAAUGUCAUCAUGGUCUCUGCUAUUGGCAAUGACGGCCCUUUAUAUGGGACUCUCAAUAAUCCUGCUGACCAGAUGGAUGUGAUUGGAGUGGGUGGCAUUGACUUUGAAGAUAAUAUAGCUCGAUUUUCAUCUAGGGGAAUGACCACUUGGGAGCUGCCUGGAGGUUAUGGCAGAGUGAAGCCUGAUAUUGUUACAUACGGCUCUGGGGUGAGAGGGUCUGGUAUGAAAGGCGGAUGCCGCUCCCUCUCUGGGACAAGUGUGGCAUCUCCUGUGGUGGCAGGUGCUGUCACUCUCUUAGUGAGCACAGUUCAGAAGCGUGAAAUGGUGAAUCCAGCAAGUAUGAAGCAGGCCCUUAUUGCAUCAGCACGGAGACUUCCUGGAGUCAACAUGUUUGAACAAGGACAUGGCAAAUUGGAUCUUCUAAGAGCUUAUCAGAUUCUCAACAGCUAUAAACCACAGGCCAGUUUGAGUCCAAGCUACAUUGACUUGACUGAAUGUCCCUACAUGUGGCCCUAUUGUUCUCAGCCCAUAUAUUAUGGAGGGAUGCCAACUAUUGUUAAUGUUACCAUCCUUAAUGGCAUGGGAGUCACUGGGAGACUUGUAGACAAGCCAGACUGGCAACCCUAUCUCCCCCAAAAUGGGGAUAACAUUGAAGUGGCUUUCUCCUAUUCCCCAGUCUUGUGGCCUUGGUCUGGAUACUUGGCAAUUUCCAUCUCUGUAGCAAAGAAAGCAGCAUCUUGGGAAGGCAUUGCUCAGGGUCAUGUUAUGAUCACAGUAUCAUCCCCUGCAGAAAAUGAAUCUAAAAAUGGUGCAGAGCAGACUUCAACGGUGAAGCUUCCAAUAAAAGUGAAGAUUAUUCCUACUCCACCUCGUAGUAAGCGAGUCCUUUGGGAUCAGUAUCAUAACCUCCGUUAUCCACCAGGAUACUUCCCCAGGGAUAAUUUGAGGAUGAAGAAUGAUCCGUUAGAUUGGAAUGGUGACCAUAUCCACACAAACUUCAGGGACAUGUACCAGCACCUCAGGAGCAUGGGGUACUUUGUUGAGGUUCUUGGUUCCCCGUUUACAUGUUUUGAUGCAAGUCAGUAUGGGACUUUACUGAUGGUGGACAGUGAGGAAGAGUAUUUCCCUGAAGAGAUCACCAAAUUGAGGAGGGAUGUUGAUAAUGGACUUUCACUGAUUGUCUUUAGUGACUGGUACAACACAUCUGUGAUGAGAAAAGUGAAGUUUUAUGAUGAAAACACAAGGCAGUGGUGGAUGCCUGAUACUGGAGGUGCUAAUAUACCAGCACUCAAUGAUCUGCUUUCUGUCUGGAAUAUGGCCUUUAGUGAUGGGCUGUAUGAAGGAGAUUUUACCAUGGCAAGUCAUGAAAUGAAUUAUGCAUCAGGGUGCAGUAUUGCAAAGUUCCCAGAAGAUGGCAUCGUCAUUGCACAGACAUUCAAGGAUCAAGGUCUUGAAGUUUUAAAACAGGAGACUGCUGUAAUUGAAAAUGUCCCUAUUUUGGGGCUUUACCAAGUUCCUUCAGAAGGUGGUGGCAGAAUAGUUCUGUACGGCGACUCCAACUGCCUGGACGACAGCCACCGGCAGAAAGAAGGCACUAACAGUUACACAUUCUUGAUCUGAAGUCGUGAAGAGGCCACUAGGAGAUCCUUCCACUUUUUCCCUAGUAACAUCUUCAGAAUGUUUAUACAGAAUAGUGGAUUUUGUCUUUUGAGUUUGCACCUCAGCCUGCCUUGUUCCCUUUGCAGUGUUUCUUGUGAGGAUUUAUGGUAAUGUCCCAUGUUUCAGUUGUGCAUUACUGUUUUCAGGUUAUCCUACAUUGACACAAACCAGCGGCUGUAAACAUGUCAGAAAGUAGGAACUUCCAUUAGUUGUCAAAGCAUUUGUUUGCAAUUCUAGGUAGCAGUUGUGUGAGUUGUGUGUGUGUUUUCUGUGGCUCCCAGAGAAGCCAUGCUCUAUGGCUGAUUCUUAUAAAAAUCUUUUUUCUAGCAGUUGGUUUGAUCUGACUUUGCAAAUUUUUAAGAGGUUGCUUAGGUUUCUCAUGACAUGUAAAGCACAAGCUGGUAGAUCUGUGGCUUGAGGGGAGCGAGAUAAUCCAAUAUGUGAAGUCUUUUUCUGCAAUUCCACUGAACAGAACUGAAUUUUCCUUUUGUGAUGAAAAGUACAUCUAUCAUUUUUUAAGCUUUUGUCACUGAUAUUUUAAAAUACUACAUUAUGUAAUCCAUCCCUUGCCUAAUUUAUUUAAGUUUAAAGGAACUUGCUGCCUAAGGGAGCUCUCCAUCUGUAGCUGAUUUCUUUCUCUACCAUACAUUUUGGGGUUUUUUAAGAGUUCUGUGAUUUUUCCUUAUCUGCCUUUGGGCUGCUUCCUGUGAGUUGCCCUAACACCUGCACAUUGGUGCCUUAGUGCUUGCUGCAGGUUAUUUAAAGCACAUAACAAAAGAGAAGGUACAUAGCUUUAAAUUAAGUUAUAGAAAAUAAUGCUCUGUGACCUCCCUAAUACUGUUAAAUUCAGGGUAACAUCUGAAGCAAGAAAGAGUGGAAUGCUCUAAAGAAAUCCUUUAAAAUUAGCUUUUCAGUUGUGAACCAGGAGCUAUGUCUCCUGCAGAGACAUUGGUGGCUUUAACUGAGGAAAAUUCCUAACAUUUGUGAAUAUAAAUCCUUAAAAUCUGUUUGACCUCUUUGAAAAAUCAAAGGUAAGGGUUUAAGGGACACUGGGAUUAUGAAGAUUAACUCCCAUUCCCAGCCAACUGUUCCUAGGGGCAGAAGUUCUGAGAAAAAUACUUUGCUGUGUGGUGGAAAUAGCUGAUGAGGCAUUGUCCUACUCCUGCAAAGUAGAGUUGUGAUGUGAACUAGCUGGAGUGCUUGUUCCUUAGGGGUAGCUCUGGAUUAAGGUAGUAAUAAUUCAGGAGAAAAUCAAAGCGAAGGAUCAUGAGCUUUUGAAGUGCAAAGGAAAACUAUGAUCACAUGUAUUGUGGUGC